AUGAGCCUCCUCAACUCCAUCCUGUCGUCCAUCAACGGCGACCAGCCCGCUCCUCCUCGCUCACAAACACUCNCCUCCACCNGCCCGAUCGAAUCCGCCGUCACGCAAUCCCACCCCCAGCAAGUGCCACCAAAACGGAAAGCCGACGACGCUGCCGGCGACUUCAAACCAAAGGUCGCCAGAACUGAGACCAACACUUCGAGAUUCGAACAAAAUGCCUCUCUUGCUCCCCCUCCUUCGCGCAGCACUACUUCCUCCCCAGCUCAAAGAUCCGCCGCACCGCCACCCAAGGCUACUAUUCCCUAUCGAGGCAGUGGCCCCUCUGCAAAAGUACAACCAUCAACAAAACCUGCCGCUACUCCAUCUGCCCCUGUGAGACCAUCUCCGGUCUCCACUGCUUCUUCAGCUGCACCUGCGUCCGCCAAAGGAGGUUACCUGGCUGUGCUGGAACGCGCAAAACAAAAUGCUGAAGCCUCCAAACUAGCCGGUCAGAUCAAGCACAAACCAGUCGAGAAGCUCACCAAGAAGGAUCGCCAACGUCUUGUCGAGGAAGCUCGUGCUGCGCAAAAGGGCAAACCCCUGCCGAACAAGGACGCAAAAACUGGUCUGAAAGCCAGGGGCAAGAGUGCCGAGCCUUUGGUUGACUUGAAGACUGGUAUAUCGGCCAAGGAUAAGAGGAAACCUGUCGAGGUCGCAUACAAAGGCACUAUGCGUCCAAAUGCUCCUGCUGCUCCUGUCUAUCGUGGUACCAUGGGAGGCCCUGGUGGUGCUGCCGCUCGGAAACCACUUCCCAAGGCACCAGCACCCAGCAGGUCUGGUUAUGGCGCCGGUCGUCGCUACGCUUCCUACUCUGAUGAAGAAGAUGAGGAAGAAGGCGAUGAGCCAGAAGACGACUAUGAAUCAGGAUCCGAUAUGGAGGCUGGUGUCGAUGAGAUGUACGAGGAAGAAGAAGCAUCUACGCGCAUCGCAAAGCGUGAGGACGCCAUAGCCUUGGCCGAGGAGAACGAACUCAAGCGCCAGAAACUUGAGCGCAAACGCAAGCUCGAAGAACUUGCGUCGAAGCAGAAGAAACGCACGUACUGA